AUGGCUCCUAGAACAUUAUACGACAAGGUCUUCCAAGACCAUAUUGUUCACAAAGAUGAAUCCGGAUCUUACUUAUUAUACAUUGAUAGACAUUUGGUCCAUGAAGUGACAUCACCACAAGCAUUUGAAGGAUUAAAGAAUGCCGGUAGAAAAGUCAGAAGAACCGAUUGUACACUUGCCACCGUUGAUCAUAAUAUUCCAACUGUUUCUCGUGCCAAUUUUAAGGAUGUUGAAUCAUUUAUUGAACAAGAUGAUUCUAGAUUACAAGUUAUGACAUUAGAACAAAAUGUGAUUGAUUUUGAUGUUGCUUAUUUCGGUAUGGAUGAUUCAAGACAAGGGAUUGUGCAUAUUGUUGGACCAGAACAAGGUUUUACAUUACCUGGUACAACUGUAGUUUGUGGUGAUUCUCAUACUUCCACUCAUGGUGCCUUUGGUUCUUUAGCUUUUGGUAUUGGUACUUCUGAAGUUGAACAUGUUUUAGCUACUCAAACUAUUAUUCAAACUAAAUCAAAAAAUAUGAGAAUCUUUAUCGAUGGUGAUUUAAAUGAAGGUAUAACUUCUAAAGAUUUAGUUUUACAUGUGAUUGGUGUUAUUGGUACUGCUGGUGGUACUGGAUGUGUUAUUGAAUUUGCCGGUAAAGCAAUUGAAAAUUUAUCAAUGGAAGCAAGAAUGUCUAUUUGUAAUAUGGCAAUUGAAGCAGGUGCUCGUGCUGGUAUGAUCCAACCUGAUGAAACUACUUUCAAUUAUAUCAAGGGAAGACCAUUAGCUCCAAAGGGUGAUGAAUGGGAAAAAGCAGUUGCAUAUUGGAAAACUUUACAUUCUGAUCCUGAUGCUAAAUUCGAUUAUGAUAUUAAAAUUAAAGCUUCUGAUAUUGUUCCAACUAUAACAUGGGGUAAUUCUCCACAAGAUGCAUUACCAAUUACUGCCAAAGUCCCUGAUCCAGCUAAUGUCACCGAUCCAAUCAAGAAAGCAGGUAUGGAAAGAGCAUUAAAAUAUCAAGGUUUAACUCCAAACACUCCAUUAAAAGAAAUUAAAAUCGAUAAAGCUUUUAUUGGAUCCUGUACUAAUUCUCGUAUUGAAGAUUUACGUGAAGCUGCUAAAGUUGCCAAAGGACACAAGAAAGCCGAUAAUGUUAAAUUGGUCUUAGUUGUUCCUGGUUCUGGAUUAAUCAAACAACAAGCCGAAAAGGAAGGUUUAGAUAAGAUUUUCGAAGCUGCUGGAUUUUCAUGGAGAGAAGCUGGGUGUUCUAUGUGUCUUGGUAUGAAUCCUGAUAUCUUGGAUCCUGAAGAAAGAUGUGCAUCUACUUCCAAUAGAAACUUUGAAGGUCGUCAAGGUGCAAGAUCUAGAACGCAUUUAAUGUCUCCUGCUAUGGCUGCUGCUGCUGCCAUUAAGGGGCAUUUCACCGAUAUUCGUGAAUUUGAAUAUAAUAAUCAUGAUGAACCUUUAGUUCAUAUUGAAAGUGAAAUUGAAGAUAAAGAAUUACAAGAUGCUGUAUAUGAACAUGAAAAGCAAUAUGUUGAAGAAACUCCAGCUACUGAAAAUGAAAGAAUUAAUGACAUUCCAAAACCAAGUGUCAAGACUGAUGCUCCAACUGGUGUUAUUGAUAGUUUUACUGUUUUAACUGGUAUUACUGCUCCUCUUUAUAAGGCCAAUGUGGAUACUGAUGCUAUUAUUCCAAAGCAAUUCUUGAAAACCAUUAAGAGAACCGGUUUAAAGAAUGGUUUAUUCUAUGAAGCUAGAUAUACCAAAGAUCCAGUUACUGGUAAAGAUGUUGAAACUGAUUUCGUCUUAAAUGUUGAACCUUAUACAAAAGCUGAAGUCUUAUUAGUUACUGGUGAUAAUUUCGGUUGUGGUUCUUCAAGAGAACAUGCUCCUUGGGCAUUAAAAGAUUUUGGUAUUAAAUGUAUUAUUGCUCCAUCAUUUGGUGAUAUUUUCUAUAAUAAUUCUUUCAAGAAUUUCUUAUUACCAAUUAGAUUACCACAAGAAACUAUCUUAGAAAAAUUGAUUCCGGUUGUUAAAUCUGGUCAUAGAUUAACUAUUGAUUUACCACAACAACAAAUCAGAGAUGGUGAAACUGAUGAAGUUUUAAUUGAAAAUUUUGAUGUUGAACCAUUUAGAAAACAUUGUUUAGUUAAUGGAUUAGAUGAUAUUGGGUUAACUUUACAAAAGGAAGAUUUCAUUGCUAAAUAUGAAGCCAAAAGAAGAGAAGUAUUCUCAUUCUUGGAAGGUGGUUCAAAAUUAAUCAAACCAAUUAGAGGUACAAAGAAAUCUCCAUAUGGUAACAGAGCUCAAGAAUGGUAA